AUGUCUGGUCGUGGUAAAGGAGGUAAAGUAAAGGGAAAGUCAAAGACCCGCUCAAGCCGUGCUGGUCUCCAAUUUCCAGUGGGUCGUAUUCAUCGUAUGUUGCGUAAAGGAAAUUACGCUGAACGUGUUGGUGCUGGUGCUCCAGUUUACCUUGCUGCCGUCAUGGAAUACUUGGCGGCUGAAGUUUUGGAGUUAGCUGGAAACGCUGCUCGUGACAACAAGAAGACCAGAAUUAUUCCCCGUCAUCUUCAGUUGGCCAUCCGUAACGACGAAGAGUUAAACAAACUUCUCUCUGGAGUCACCAUCGCUCAAGGAGUAAUGACAAACUCAUUGUAUUCUAAAACAUCUGCAUAUUCCUUCUGA